AUGUUUCCGAAAUCUUCACCGCCCGAUCCCGCCCCUUUCCCUCUAUCUUCCAAAGUAGACCCAUGGAUACAAACCAACCUCGUCGAAAAUAUAUUCGAUGGUAAUCUGACCCUCUUGCAAGAGGCCGUGAACGCAGCAACUGCCCAAGAAAUUCCGCAGCUGCGCGAUUGGGGGAUCAAGGACGCUGACACCUUUCUCCGCUUCCUCAGUGCCAUGCUGAACUGGGUGCCUUCGGAAAUUUGCAGCGGGAAGCUCAUCUACAACACGUUCUGCGUUCUCUACUUUAUUCUCGACCAGAGCCCCAUCAACAUUCCCCCAUACUCGACACCCAUCACCCCGAACGCUGUCGGGCAGGCCCCCCUACCACUGAGCCAAUGGACAAUCGACUUUGCCAACAAGGUUGGAAGCUGGAUGGACACCAGCAGCUCGAUCAACGCCGCAGCAAUCCAGACUUUCCAAGACUCACCCCGAUACAACUACGAUGAGGCGAUCGUGCCGCCCGAGGGUUGGAAGAAUUUCAACCAGCUCUUUGCUCGCUCUCUGAAGCCUGGCCAGAGACCCAUCAGCGCGGGUGAACCCUCGGAUGUAGACUAUAACCGUCUCGUGGUCUACCCCGCCGAUUGCACUUUCGACGGAGCCUGGCCCGUUGAUCAGAACAACGAUAUCACGAUCAAAGACGUCCCUUGGAACAUCAAAGACCUCCUCGCCGGCAGUCAGUACGCCGACAAAUUCGAGGGCGGCACCUUUAUGCAUGCAUACCUCAACACCUACGAUUACCAUCGCCAACAAGCACCUGUGGCUGGAACUGUCGUCGAGGCCAACGUGAUCAAGGGCCUGGCAUACUUGCAGGUCAUCGUCGAUCCCGAAACCGGCAAGCUGAAGCCUCAUCGUAGCUACACUUCACCAGACGCCCAAGCAAAAAAGGAAGGUGACGGAGAAAACAGCACCCUCAGCAUGCCCGACGAGGCUGGGUACCAGUUUCUCCAAGCCCGCGGUUGCGUCAUCAUCAAAAAUCCUCUUCUCGGCUACGUCGCUGUGCUGCCCAUCGGGAUGGCCCAGGUUUCGUCGGUCAAUCUUCAGUGGCAGCCUGGACCGGGACAGCAAUACCCGAUUCAGCCGAAUGUGAACAUCAAUAAGGGCGACGAGAUAUCUCACUUUGAGUUUGGAGGUUCCGACAUCAUCCUUGUGUUCCAGCAGGACGCCCAGGUUCACAUUCUAGGUGCCCAAGGUCAGGCUGCGGAUGGCACACCUACGAGCAAGCAGAAGUACCUGGUUGGCAUGCCCUUGGGUUACUCGACAAAGGGCCUCGUUCCUUCUUCGAAUGGUCACAGAAAUGGAGCUACCAACGGGCAUUGA